AUGGAAAUGAUGUUAUCAGAACAGGUCAGAGACCUCAUUCAGGUCUCAGUAACACCAGCCUGCUCUGCCAAGGAGGGUCUCUGGCUCGACCCCAGCCUCUCGGCUGUGUGGUGCCUGUGUGAAAGGACCCUCAAACCGCCCUUAACCAGCCAGCUGUUUGGAACAAUAGUCUGGAUUUUGGUAGCUUCUACCCGAGUUCCACUGGCGUUGCUGCAGGGAUGGGUAAUGUUUGUAGCAGUGACUGCAUGGUUCCUGUCCAUUGUGUUCCUCUGUGUGUUCCUCUUCGGUUAUGCAAAUAGAAUAGCUGUCAACUGGAACCAGAUGGAUUUUCUUUUCCAUGGGUCUACUUUUGUCUUUUAUUUUGGAGCUUUUCUACUGCAAGCAGCAACUACAUCUCUGCAUCACUUUCCCUGCAUAUUCAAUUCCACCACACAAGAGAAGAUUGUAACUGAUCAUGAAUAUAACAUAAGCAUAGCAGCCUCGAUUUUUGCCUUUGCAACAGCCGUUUGUUAUGGUUGCAGCACAGCCCUGGCAUUAAGGAGAUGGAGGCUAUAG